UACCCUUUUUUCCUUUUUAUUUCAAUCCCUUCACAUUCACAGUGAUAGAAAGAGAGAGAAAGGUCUCUGUUUCUUCACUUGUUCACAAGCCGCAACUGCUACUGUGUAUCCAAUCUGAAGCUGAAGAUAUGGGGGGCGAGAACCUUUCUCCCAAGGAAAGGAGUAAAGAUUGGGUUGGAGUUCUUAUGAACAGCACCUUUGGUUAUUGUGAUUACCACCAUGACCUUCGAUCUAAUGAGAAGAAUGUGUUCUGCGUCGAUUGUGCACUUAGGAUGUGUAGGCACUGUAAGGAAGCUCAUUCCCUACAUAGAAGGUUUCAGAUUUACAAAUAUUCCUAUCAGGAUGUCUUCCGCCAUGCGGAAUUGCAGAAGUAUUUUGACUGCUCUAAAAUUCAGACUUACAUAUCAAAUAAUGAAAGGAUUGUGCACCUCAAACCUCGGCCUUCAAUCAACAAAUCUAAAUCUGAUCUAAGUCCCGAGUCUAAAUCCAAAGAACCCAGCAUAAGACCGAAAACUGGAGGCAAGUGUGAAGAAUGUGGAAAACACUUGCAAGAUGAACGCAACCGUUUCUGCUCCAUUACAUGCAAGAUCGCAGUGCUUCCAAUGGAGACUGAAAACCAAAGUGGUAGGAGCAUGCUCACUCCAAAAUCUGAAGGCAUUGACUUCAAUAUGAACGAUAAUCAUAAUUCAGAACCAGAGUCAUCAAUAUCUGAAGCUGAGCCAUAUGGGUGGGUUGAAGUUGUGAAUUUCAGAAAGCGUCCAAGGAAAAGUACGCCUCAGAGGCCAGUCUUCGUUUUCACUUCAUAGAAGAUAUCACUACUAUUGUGGUUUUCUUCAUUUCUUCUCCUAUUUCUUUUUAAUUUUCCAUUUUUGAAGAAUAAUAUUUCUUGAACAUUUGAGGGAAGCUCAACCCCGUUGUGCCCCAUAUUGGGAUUAAAGUAUAUAACAUGGUAGUUUGAGGUA